UUUCGCUGGCCGCUCAGCGUCUCUCCCGCUCUUUCUCUCUCUCUCUCAGUCCUCCAGUGCGCCACCGUCAUCGGAUUCUGCUACUGGGCCUCGGAGCUGAUCCUCGCCCAACAGCAGCAGCACAAAAAGUACCACGGUUCCCAAGUCUACGUCACCUUCGCCGUCAGCUUCUACCUGGUGGCGGGCGCCGGGGGAGCCUCUAUCCUCGCCACCGCCGCCAACCUGCUGCGUCACUACCCCACCGAGGAAGAGGAGCAAGCCCUGGAGCUCCUGUCCGAGAUGGAGGAGAACGAACCUUACCCGGCCGAGUACGAAGUGAUCAACCAAUUCCAACCGCCGCCGGCGUACACC